AUGGGGAGUUUAGGCAAGUAUGUUGGAGUAUUUGUUAUUAUGUUUGUGUUGGUGGUGGGAACUUUUGAAUGCCGGAAAUUUAAGAAAGAAGAAUUUGUUGAGAAUUUUGGUGGAGGUGGUGGUUUAGGUGGUGGAGGUGGUUUAGGUGGUGGAUUUGGAGGUGGUGCUGGAGGUGGUAGUGGUGGAGGUAUUGGUGGAGGAAGUGGAGGUGGUUAUGGUGGAGGACUUGGAGGUGGUACUGGUGGUGGUCUAGGUGGAGGUGGAGGUUUUGGAGGUGGUAGUGGUGGUGGUGCUGGUGGAGGCUUUGGAGGUGGAUCUGGUGGAGGCUUUGGAGGUGGUGCUGGAAGUGAUGGUGGAGGUGGUGCUGGUGGAGGCUUUGGUGGUGGUGCAGGAAGUGGUGGUGGAGCUGGUGGAGGCUUUGGAGGUGGUGCUGGAAGUGGCGGUGGAGUUGGUGGAGGCUUUGGAGGCGGGGCAGGCGGCGGUUUUGGAGGUGGUGCUGAUGAUAGGGUUUAA